CGGGACUAGCUCCAACAGCUGCGAUCAACAACCUGAGAAAGGCGCGAGUGAUCCGUGAUCUCGCACCCUGACGCGAAAACUACUUAAUUCGCACAUCCCCCACCGCAGCUCAACUUCUUCCAACCCCCAAUCCACAAACUUCAGCUCUCUCAUCAAUUACUGUAUCCACGCAUCGAGAUUUCUCUCGCUAUCAAUCACACAUCCUUCCACGCGAAUUUUUUUCACGAAACAAACCAUCAACAUGACUGGCGGCGGCAAAUCCGGUGGCAAGGCGAGCGGUUCCAAGAACGCGCAGUCUCGUUCUUCGAAGGCUGGUCUCGCGUUCCCCGUCGGCCGUGUCCACCGUCUCCUCCGGAAGGGCAACUACGCUCAGCGUGUCGGUGCCGGCGCUCCCGUCUACCUGGCCGCUGUCCUCGAGUACCUGGCCGCCGAAAUCCUGGAGCUGGCUGGCAACGCUGCUCGCGAUAACAAGAAGACCCGUAUCAUCCCUCGCCAUCUGCAACUCGCCAUCAGGAACGAUGAGGAGCUGAACAAGCUUCUCGGACACGUCACCAUCGCCCAAGGCGGUGUCCUGCCCAACAUCCACCAGAACCUCCUGCCCAAGAAGACUGGUGGCAAGGCUGGCAAGACCUUGUCUCAGGAGCUUUAAUUUUUGUGGCUGUGUUGUUUGCUUUUUUCUUUCUGGUCGGCACGCUGGGUUCAUGAUAUUGGGGUCACGGUCUCGGGUCAUCGGUUGCUUUUUCGCGUGUUUGGGCUGUACAUUAAUCCAUGAUGGGCAUGGUCAUGGUUAUGAAUGAGAAUAUCCUCUGAACAUCCAAU